CAAAGUUGACCGGCAGGGCUGUCAUGUCUUUGUUGCCUCUGUUGCUGUUGUAAUCUUGUGAAUAGGGGAGCGGGGUAGAUGGAAAAAUAACAGAUAUCUGUACAGAGGAAACAAAUUUAAACUUUACCCACAACAGUCAAACCACCCAAAAGAUGGAAGAAAAGCUGAAUGGAUCACUGCCUGUUGUCUCCCCGGAGUAUCUUCAACAGUGGGUUCAGUCUGCCCAGCAGUUCCACGCUCUCCAGGCCCAGUAUUCAGGCUUCAGCCCCAACCAUCAGUUUCACUACCCGGAGAGGCUGGAGGGAGAGACAGCCACUUCAUACAUGGCUAAUCCAGAUCCCAUGAUGGAUCAACAGGAACCUGCCAACCUGGCAAAACCUCUAGCCAAGAAGAGAGGCAGAUCAGCUCAACCCAAGACACCCAAGGAACCCAAACCACCAAAAGUACCCAGGGCACCAAAGCCACCUAAGGACCCAAAUGCACCCAAAGCCAAACCUGGUCCUAAGCCCAAGAAAGCCACUGACGCUCAGGCAGACAGCAAGCAGGAGAAGAUUGAUGAGAGCUUCAAGAAGGUGAAGAGGAAAGUCGACCGCUUCAAGGGAAUGUCAGAAGAGGAAGUCAUGAAAAAAACUCUACCAGACCUGCUGGACUACAACCUGGACUAUGUCAUUAUUGGUAUCAAUCCAGGGCUGAUGGCAGCUUACAUUGGACGAUGGUUUCCAGGACCUGGAAAUCAUUUUUGGAAGUGCCUGUUCCUGUCUGGAUUUACUGAGGAGCAGCUCAACCACAUGCAUGACACCACACUGCCUGUCAAGUACAAAAUGGGUUUCACUAACAUGGUGGCCAGAGCGACACCAGGGAGUAAAGACCUCACAAGUAAAGAGUUGCGUGAAGGAGGAAAAAUUCUCGUAGAGAAGCUGAAGCAAUAUAAACCUCUUAUCGCUGUUUUCAAUGGAAAAUGCAUCUAUGAAAUGUUCUGCAGAGAGCUGUUUGGUAAAAAACCACAGAAGCUUGAAUUUGGUUUGCAGCCACACAAGAUCCCAGAGUGUGAUGUGGCUCUGUAUCUGAUGCCUUCUUCCAGCGCUCGUUGUGCUCAGUUCCCUCGUGCUCAGGACAAAGUCCACUUCUACAUCAAACUGAGGGAGCUCAGAGAUCAGCUGAAGGGCAUCCAAAGAAGCACUGAAAUUCAGGAGGUUGAGUACACAUUCGACCUGCAGAUGGCCAAGGACGAUGCCAAGAGGAUGGCGAUCAAGGAGGAGCAGUACGACCCUGGUUAUGAAGAUGCCUACGGCGGAGCAUAUGUAGAGAGAGGGCCUGAGGAGGGCCAGGCCCAGAGCCAGACCAACGGUCACUGUACAUUCUCAUCUGUAGAAAACACUGAAGGAGCCCAGGAGGCGAGCACGUCACAGAGAGCAGAAGGCCAGCUUCCAGACGGACAGUGGAUGACUCAGUCGUUUGCGGAUCAGAUCCCAGAUAUCGGUGGUGGACCAAAAGAUGGCAGCGUAUGAAGGAAAAGGCCAGCGGUGCAGCCAGUUCAGUCCUUCACCUCCUUUUGUCAGGUCUUAGAUUGUAUAUCUUUUUAGUAGUGUCCGAGUGGAAUAUACACUCAUAGAUGGACUUUUUUUUUUUUAGUCAUUUUAUUUUGUUUGUAAUCUUGUAUACAUGUAUGAUCUUCUUCAUGGCAGUCUUUUUAAAUAUGUGAAAUCAGGGACUUGACAAUGAUACUUGACUGUCACUGGAGUAGGUCAUGUAUUUAAACAUUGUUUUGCCUUUGUACUGUACUGUACUGUACUAUACUGCACUGGUGAUGCAGUAGGUGUAAACACGUCUACUGUUUUAACAGUAGAUAAAACUCUCUUACAUUCAUGGUGCUAUGAACUGACCACGAUGCAAAGUGAUCACUCUGUGAAACCAAACUCAUCACAGCUGUUAGAGAUUCCACAGGAGGAAUUUCUGCCAAGCCUUUCAAAAUAACGCUACAAAACUCAAACAGGUUUUAUUUUAAUCUCUGUUACCAUUUUUUUUUUGUUUUAGGAAUUUUAGAAAUAUGUUUUCUAUGUUUACGGAAAUGUCAUUCACAAGGAAUUUUAUGAAAUAUUUGUCCAUUAAAAUGUCCUGAUGAUCCUUUUCCUAUA